GUCGACCAAUUGUGUCACGAGAAGAAAAACCAGCACCAAAUUUGUAUUUUUAUACACGAGCUGCUUCUUUCCUGGUUUCAGGUCUGGUAACGUUAACAAAGAUGAUGGAUGCACUGUCUGUAGUGAGUCAGCUGCGGGACCUGGCAUCUGAGCCUCAGAACCGGGGGGUGAUAGUCCAGGACCAGGGCUGUCUCCCCGGGCUGGUUCUCUUCCUGGACCACCAGAACCCAGAAGUGAUAUUUUCAACUCUUCAGACCCUACGCUACUUGGCUGAGUUUUCCCCCAACAUCCCCACCAUGAAGAAUGAAUUGGGUAUGAUGGUGAGCUUGGAGAAUCUAAUUGGGAGGGACUAUGUGUCUGUUGACAUCACAGCCUUGGCCCAGGAGGUGUUUGACAUUCUGAGUGCACCUGCCAAUCCUGUGCCACGCAUAGCUGAGAGGCAGGGGAGAAAGAAAUCCCAGUUUUUCAUCAACUCCUCCAACAGGAAAGCAAAGUCAGUCACUCUGCACAUCCAGGGGCUGGACAGCACUGACCAGCGAGGCCUGUGUGAGGAGGCUCUUCUGAAGGUCAAAGGAGUGAUCAGCUUCACCUUCCAGAUGGCUUCCAAGAGAUGCACUGUCCGCAUCCGUUCUGACCUGUCCACUGAGAGUCUGGCAUCGGCCAUUGCUGCCACUAAGGUGUUGUCAGCCCAACAGGUGGUGAAGAAUGAAGCAGGAGAAGAGGUUUUUAUCCCUCUGAAAUCAUCUGGAGUGACGGUGCAGCAAAACUCAGCUCUACCAGACUACCUCCCAGAGGAGGAGGAGAGCCCAGAGAGGGAGGUGGACCGAGCAAUUUCCCGCACCGCAGCUAAGGAAGAUUCUAGUGGAAGCUGGCUCAACACUGCCGCCAGUUUCCUCACCAAAACAUUCUACUGGUGAAACUGCCGCAGUUUGAUUCCCUGAGAUCCAGUGACGUUAAGUUGUGCUAAAAGACUUCACCUUACUGGCCUGACCGUCACCAACUUGCCAUUGUCAAAAAACUACAAGUCAUCAACACUUGUCGUUUCAGCAUCACACACUUGACAAUAUAUCUUUCAUCUCUGGACUUACAUGAUGCUGUUUUCUAUCCAGUAUUGUCACUGAAUGUAAAUAUUUUCUGAUGAUCUUUCUCAACUGUCCAUUUUCCUUUUUACAUGUAAAAAAAAAAAGGUUGAAAAAGUAUUUUUCUGUGUAUCCUGCUGUUUGUUGGUAGUUGUUUCGGUUAAUGCCAAAAUAAAUUACAAUAUGAAUGUUUUCAC